ACACCAACAUACAGACAGUGAGUGUUGUUGUCUUGCCUGUGGUCUGUUACUGAUCAGCUUUCCUGUUGCUGCAGAGCAACUGUGAGCCGUGAGAUAAGGACAUUGAGAGCACAUGCUCGAGGGGCCCAGCCGAAAGGAGGUGAAGAGUGAGGGAGGGGAGACAAACUCAGUCAGAGAUAUAUUAAUUUGAAGGGCGUGAAGUUGAUUAAUUUGGAAAAAUAAGAGGCUCGUCUUAGAGAAAUCAAGGAAGGGCUGUGUUCUCUCCGGUGGGAGUGGAGCUGAGGUGGUGAAAUAUCAGGAGAGGGGUUGCCUUGUCUCCUUUUAAUCGGCAGACCUGAAACGACCCCGACGUAUGCACGGAUUAAGGAGACCUGCAUAAAUCCUGAGAACAAAGUGAGGCGGGGAGGGAAGGAUUUGAAGCAUUCACAGCCUGAGGAUCCAAGCGCAGGAUAUGCAUAUCGAUGCACUUUGACACGGCUGGCAUGCGGGCGAGCGAUCCGGGCCUUGUUAUUUGAUCCGGUGGCGUUGAAGUCGAGGCCAAGUAGUUUGGAGCACUCGUACGGGACAAGACGAGCAUUUUGAAGUGGAGCUUCAGGCGGCGAUGACUCAAAGGAGACUGACGCGACAGCUGACUUUAUGGGACGGGCCGGAGGGGCCUCCUCCGGCCGCCUCGCUCGCCUCGCCGGUGUCACCGGGCGAGCAUUCUCGUGGACCAGGAGGCUCAACGUUGUUCCGCCGUCUGAAACUGAACCGCAGCAUCCAGGAGCGCAGACGCUCGUGUCAGUGUUACUGCAGCUUCGAUUCGGAGAAUGGGCCCUCGCCGGGACGCAGUCCCAUGGAUUCGCAGGCGAGUCCUGGGUUGGUGCUGCACCCUUCUUUCCCGCAGAGCCAGCGCAGGGAGUCCUUCCUGUACCGCUCCGAGUCCGAUUACGACACAUCCCCCAAAACCAUGUCACGCAACUCCUCCAUCAACAGCGAGGGGCAUGCCGAAGACAUGAUCGUCACCCCUUUCGCUCAGGUGUUGGCCAGCCUACGAUCUGUAAGAAGCAACUUCACCAUCCUCGCCAAUGUCACCACACCCACUAACAAGAGGUCGCCCGUCACAAGUCCGCCCGCUGUUCCCCAAGCUACCCUCUCUGAGGAGACAUACCAGCAGAUCGCGCGGGAGACUCUGGAAGAGCUGGACUGGUGUCUGGACCAGCUGGAGACCAUUCAGACCCACCGCUCGGUCAGCGAGAUGGCCUCCAACAAGUUCAAGAGGAUGCUGAACAGAGAGUUGUCCCAUUUGUCAGAGAUGAGUCGCUCAGGGAACCAGGUGUCUGAAUACAUCUCCACUACCUUCCUAGAUAAGCAGAACGAGGUGGAGAUUCCGUCGCCGACCUUGAGGGAGCGGGACAAGCCGAUGUGUCACAUCAGUGGCGUGAAGAAGCUCACACACAGUUCCAGCCUUUCAAACUCCACCUUGCCUCGCUUCGGCGUCAAGACUGAACACGAGGACGCGUUAGCCAGAGAGCUGAAUGACCUGAACAAGUGGGGCCUUAAUAUCUUUCGUGUGGCAGAGUUUUCGAACAACAGACCCCUGAGCUGCAUUAUGUUUGCCAUCUUCCAGGAGCGAGAUCUUCUGAAGACCUUUAGGAUCCCAGUGGAUACGUUUGUCACCUACGUGAUGACGCUGGAGGACCAUUACCAUGCCAACGUGGCCUACCACAACAGCCUCCACGCCGCAGAUGUCACUCAGUCCACGCACGUACUGCUGUCUACGCCGGCUCUAGAUGCUGUGUUCACUGAUCUAGAGAUUUUGGCUGCGUUAUUUGCGGCCGCCAUCCACGAUGUGGACCAUCCAGGAGUGUCCAACCAGUUCCUCAUAAAUACCAACUCCGAGCUUGCUCUGAUGUACAAUGACGAGUCUGUUCUGGAAAACCAUCACCUGGCUGUGGGCUUCAAGCUGCUUCACGAGGACAACUGUGACAUCUUCCAGAACCUCAGCAAGAGGCAGCGACAGAGCCUGAGGAAACUUGUCAUUGAUAUGGUUUUGGCCACAGAUAUGUCCAAACACAUGAGCCUGUUGGCAGACCUCAAGACCAUGGUGGAAACCAAAAAAGUGACGAGCUCGGGAGUUCUGCUGCUGGACCACUACACUGAUCGGAUACAGGUGUUGAGGAACAUGGUGCACUGCGCCGACCUGAGCAAUCCCACCAAGCCUCUGGCCGUGUAUCGACAAUGGACGGAGAGAAUCAUGCAGGAGUUCUUCAGGCAAGGCGACAAGGAGAGGGAGCGAGGGAUGGAGAUUAGUCCCAUGUGCGACAAGCACACAGCCUCCGUGGAAAAGAGUCAGGUGGGCUUCAUCGACUACAUCGUCCACCCUCUGUGGGAGACCUGGGGGGACCUGGUGCACCCCGACGCCCAGGACAUCCUGGACACUCUGGAGGACAACAGGGAUUGGUACCAGAGUACCAUCCCGCAGAGCCCGUCCCCUCCUCCCGUGAGCCAGGACAAGGAGCUCAACGCCUGCGUGGACAAGUUCCAGUUCGAACUCACCAUAGACGACGGCUCUCAAGCGGAGUGCGACGAGGGCGACGCCGCGCCGUGCCCCAACCACGUGGAACAAGACGGCCACGAAGGAGCCAAGGAGGACGAACAGGAGGACGUCCUGGCUGAAGAAGAGGAGGAGGAGAUCGAGGACAUCAUCGAGGAGGAGGAGGACGACGAGGAGGUGGCGAUGGAGGAAGAGGAGCAGGGCGAGGAGCUGAAAGGCGAGCUGGAGUCCGAGUCGAAGAGGGAGAGACUUUCUGACACGAGUCCUGUAGAGGAAGAGGAGGAUUCUUCUUCGCAAGCUGACGACACAUGAGUGUCGCUCUUUGUAUCACGGAGCCCUCCUCACGUGCGCAUGUGAUCUUUUUUCAUCCUUUCACAUGGCCAAACCAAGAACAACAACAUUAAUAACAAGACUUUAGUGACAAUACAGACCUUUAAAUCUAUUUUUCAAAAAGGGAAUCAAGCGAAGUUCAUCACACAGCAACUGUAGAUGCGAAGUAGUGAGCAUUGGACAGGAUAGUGUAGCACUCUGGGACUGGAAUGCACACAAAUAAACACACACAAAGUCAUUUUGAAUGCAACGAUGCAAUGUGUGCACGUGUGCAUAUAUGCAGAAUAAAUGAGCAUUGCGGCACCCCCUCCUCCACCACAUGGGCUGCUGUUUUCCUGCAAACACACACUUGACUGUAUGUUUGUAUGUGUGCAUUUACGCAAGGGAUCGCUAACAAUGAUUCUUUUCUUUUUUGUUUUGUUUUGGAAAAAGCCAUCUCUUAAUGGAGUGUUUAGUCCCUAUUAGCAAUUCAUGUUCAGUAGAAUCCCUACAGGAACUGUUCUCCUCAGCAAAGCGAGCAACUUUAAUCUUUUUUUUCCAUUUCUGUCGGAAAAGAAAAAUAAGGAAGUUGGAUGUCGGUGGGGGAAUAUGGACGUCUUGGGGCCAUCUGGGUCCCGUACCCCUUUACGAGGAGAGCGCUUAGCUAGAAGAUGGCUCUGUGCCUUUUUGACUCACCAGCCUCCCUGAAUGGAGAGCUGCGGUGAAGCAAUGCAUUGUGGGUCAAGAGUUGUGUGCGCGCGCGUGUGCAUUUUGUUCCCUCUUUCGAUUGUCUCUCGUGGAAGCUACUGUCCAUGCUAUUGUGGUGUGUCUGUGGUGACAUGUUUUAAGCUGUCAAGUCUUCCUUUGUUGCUCUUCUGCUGGUAUAACAGAGCAAUCACCACUAUUACCAACUCUCAUUUCUUUCCUACAAUAAGCCAUGUGAUGCUUCGGCGCAUACGUUUUGCCUUUACUUUCUUUUUAACAGUGGGAGGAUGGUGGGGUGGGAAUGUUAUGAGAUCAGCGGAUCAAUUUCGCGCCACGCCCACUCAGUCUGUGUGUUUAUGUCCUCAUACGAUGAUCACCAAAGUAGAUAAGUGCGGAUUAUGGGAAAAGAAAAUCAGGAAUGUUGGUCUGGAAAUUCCAAAUAGAUCAUUUUUUAUGCCAGACCACUUCCGCUCUGUCGCCUCACUUCCCUCCGUGAUAAAAUAUUAUCAAUCCCACUUUACCUUAUUUAUUCACAGGGAGUGAAGAUAAUUCCAGGCAAAAGUGGUCACUGUGAAAGGGUCUAUUGUCCUUAUUAUGUUUUUGUUUUUUUUUGCCUUAAUGUCAGAGGCAGCAUUCAUACUUGCCGCUAUAUGUAGAGGAAUAUAGCAGAUAUCCUACUAUAUUUAUAUUAUGUCUGUAUGCUUGUUUCAUUGUAUUGGUCAAUUAUUUACAGUAUGUUGUGGCUGUGCUCUGACCAACAUAAAGAAUGUGUUUUUGUUGUUGUUAAAAUCACUCCAUUGCAGCUACCACGCAGAUAGAAUAAUGGUGUUGCAGUUUAGUGAGCAUUUAGGCGGGGUACACACAUACCAAUAAUCGGUCCGUAUUGACCUUUUUUUUCUCCUCCUUUCUGAUCAAAGUCUGCAAAGGCCCAAUUCAUAAAGAUGAUAGUGACUGAUUAUCCUGUGCAGCGGGAUACGUUAAGAGUGACAUUUCCUCCCCCAACUGCUAUGAAAAUGAUGGCAUCUGACAAUCGGAAAUGUUAAACCUGUUCAAUAUUUACAAUCUCGGACUCUGUGAUCGUUACGUGAAACGGAGCCAAAGCCAAUCAGGAGGCGAACUGUUGCCAGACACAAACGGAGGAGCAAUUGGUUAUGUUGAAUGUUUGUAUAAUGUGUCUCACAGGUCAUUCACCACAAUAAAAAUGGCAAGAGGAAGAGGUUGCCACUGCAAUGUAGUUACCAGAUUAGCUAACGGUCUAGCUUCUUCUAUUUCGUCUUUGUUUUUCCAUCAGUCUGGAUGUCCUGCGGCUCCAUACUGCUCUCACAGGUCAGUCUUGGUACUACAACAGACUUCUGGUUUGGGGGAGGAGACGUCGUUAUGUGUGUUGCGUUGGUCUUCUUGUGUGCACCACUAUAACAGCAGUAUGAACACAUACCUUUUCCCCCUGUCAUGUGUGGGUUCUCUCACAUUUUAAAAAUCCGAUAAGAUGUCAAAAAUCGGCACGUGUGUACCCUGCUCUUGAAUGACUUAUUUGUAGUUGGCCGACAGCGUGGGAGGACAAGAACAAAUCGAAAUAUUGUUCAAUGUAUCAUUGUCCACUUUAUUUUUUAUUUUUUAUAAGCUGGUGUCAUUUUCACAGUGUAAAAAGCAAAAGAACGACGAUGAAAAGUGGUGAGAGAGCCAGGUUCUGCGGGUCAGCAACCGAACUCUUCGUUGUGUGUGCGUGUGUGUGUGUGUGUGUGUGUGUGUGUGUGUGAGAGACCACGGGACUAUGGAAUGACAAGCAUCAACACAACAUUCCCAUAUGCACUGGCCAGUUCACUUAAAAGCUAUUGUUUUCUUUAUUGGUGGCUUUUUUGUGUGAUGUCAUGAAGCUAUAUAUAAAAAAAAUUAAUUGCCAUACAAACACGAUACUGUAGCAAAUUGUUUCUUAUUAAUAAGAAUAUUAUUCAGUGGAUUGACUGCUGCCAUUGUUUUUAAAAAUAAUGAUAAAGAAAAGCACGGAACGUGUGUUUUCUUUGAACAGUUUGUGUACAGUUUAUUUUUAUAUCAUUACAGUGGCUGGUGGGUGUAAAAAACAAAAACACAUGUUGAUAUAGCUUGUAAGCGUAAUCACUCUUGUAUAUAAUGUAAUAUUCCAUUGUAAAUGAUCAAUUGAACUGUACAAACACACUGCAGGCCACAACCUUCACCUCUUCAGUAUGUUCUAGUUUGCCUGUACUGUCACCUCUUUGUUGUUCAAAUAUAUGUGUACCAGCACUUUAUUUCACCAGGCUCUGAGGGAGAGUUUCAAGUCGUGUGUAAGUGUGUGAGUGUGUGUUCUGUGCUGGGGAGGGGGUUGCUGUUAACGAUGAUGAUGAUGACGUUCCACUGGGCCAAAUCACAAAGCCUCAUUGUACCCUACAGAGUCAAAAUGAGCCAUUCGCUUAUCGACUGUCCACGUGAGAUUGAAUUCACUUGACUUAUGAAGUCCAAACCUGAGCGGCUAGCGACAGUAGUAGUCACGCGGGAUGUGACACAUUUUAGAGAUAAGAAGUGUGUCCUUAUCUAUCUACCAUUUCUAGCACUAUCACCUCCUCUUGUUUCUUAGUAACUUUAACUAGCCUGCCUGUCAGGUUGGAGCGAUGCAGACUGAUUCCCUCUAACAGUAUUUUUAUUAGCUUUAAUUCACGUGUGUGUGUGUUUUCACAAAAGCGUGACAAAUUACAUUAGGGGGUAAAACAACAUGAAAUGAUUGUCAUAUUUGUAAAUUAACUCACUGUAACGAGUAAAAUGUCUCUGAGUUAUUUUUUAUUAUAUUAUUUUUAUGAAAGGGUUUUCCUCUUAAAAGAGCCGAGGUGUCAUUUUGUGAAUAAAUGCAUUUACUAAGCAAA